AUGACAACGGUGAUUGGCAGCGUCCUUAAAUCAAUCAGUAUCACACAGAAUCGCACUCUGGAUGUAUUCGUUACUGGUGCCACUGGAAAUGUUGGAAUGGAAGUGUUGAAAUGUUUAUUAUCAACAACAAAAAAGAAUGCCACAAAGACUAACGACUCGGAGUUUGCUGAUGCUGAACCCCCACUCCGAAGAAGAAGUUUGAAUAUUUAUGCUGGAGUGAGGCAGCUCAAUGCUUCAACUCUCUCUAAAUUUCAUAAGGAAUUAUUCAAUAAUGAUCCUUCUGUUAGGAUUGUGGACACAUCUUCAACUAAUGAACCUGUGGCAAUUUUUAAAAAACAAGAUCAAGGCUCCUCCAGUGAUGAUGAUGAAGCCAUAUUGCUGAGGCUCAUACCCUUUGAUUUCAAGCAACAUGGAGGAGGAGAGGUGUUUCAAAGAGUCCUCGAAGGCAAUUCCAUCAGUGAGUAUCUUCCAAAGGAUGGUGGCUUUCAUCGAUUGUUCUUAAUGAGACCGCCCGAUUUGUCCAAUAUUCAACGAGAUAUGAAACCAUUUCUAGAAUUUAUAACACAUUCUCGUCCUGCCAACAACAAUUCAACAACAACUUAUCUUCCCGAACAAAUUGUAUUCAUGUCUGUGUUAGGUGCAGAAAAUAACAAGUUCAUACCCCAUUACAAAAUUGAACAAAUUCUGAAAGAGCAUUCCCAACGAGUGCCGUAUGUAUUUCUGAGGCCAAGUUUCUUUAUGCAAAAUCUCACGACGACUCACCUUAAGGAAAUUCGUGACGAUUCUCAAUUAUUCAUGCCAGCCGGAAAUGGUUCAACUUCCUUCAUUGAUGUCAGAGACAUUGCACAAGCAGCAGCCCGAAUUCUAACGGAAGAAAACGCAGAGAAGUAUGCCAAUAAGGCUUUCGAUUUAACAGGAAGUGAAGCUUUGACCUAUUUUGAGGUGGCAAAAAAACUUUCCGACGCUUGUGGCAGAACUAUUGUUUACGCAAAUCCUUCAAUUCCAAAAUUCAUGUUUCGAACAUGGAAGAGCAAUCCAGACGUUCCAUUUACUUAUGUAAUGGUUGUGACAGCACUCUAUGCCGGUAAGUUUAUUGUCAAGCAAGAACAAUAUUACUAUAUAUAG